UUUAUUUUGAAUGUUUCUUAACGGAUGUUACCCUUAGAGAGCUAAUUUCAACGGUGCGUUUGGUUUCCAGUUGGGUUCCACGUUUGUUUUGAGGGAGAUCGCCACCGAAAAAGGAAGAAGAAGAUGUUUUCGAGUGGUAGAGCUUCCUGGCGUCUGUCGUCCUGGUUCCCAAACCUGGACACUGUUGUGGACGUGGAAGCUCCAGCACUGUCUCUGUCUCAGGCCAUCCGAUCGGCUGCAUCAGAGGAGCCAGACGCUGAUGGAAGCCAGCUGUUCGGCAGGAUCCGGGGCACAGUAGUUGGGCUCAACUAUUACACCGGCGUUGUGAACAAAGGUGAAAUGGUCGGCUUGAAGCGAGAGCCGCAGAAUCCCUACGACCGCAAUGCUGUGAUGGUCACUAAUGUGAACGGCCAGCAGGUGGGCCACAUUAAGCGCAACCUGGCUGCAGCGAUGGCGCACAUCAUGGACAACAACCUGGCAAAAGUGGAGGGCUUGGUUUUAUUUGGUAAAACCAACAACUACAAUAUGCCGGUGAUCCUGUCGUUUUGGGGGAAGGAAGAGAGCAGAGGUGCCGUGGUGGAUUAUAUGAGGGGCUGUGGGUUUAAACUGGACACCAGUGGAGGCGUCACGCUCAGUGUUCCUCUGAAGAAAUACGGCUUUCCUCCUGGUGGCGGCGCAAGACCGACCAAUGAACGAUUCACCACGAAACUCAACCCAGAACAGCUGAAAAAUGCCUUCGACAACCUCUUUGAAAACCUUGUUGAAACAGAAGUCGGCGAGAUGGAAGGAGCCCAGUCUUUGGAGACGGCGCUCCUGCGCCACCAGAGGCAGGCGCUGUCAUGGAUGUGUGCGCGAGAGAAGUCGGCCUUGCCUCCGUUCUGGGAGCAGCGAGAAGGCCUCUACUACAACUCGCUCACUUGCUUCUCCACCAGAGACAAACCUGAGAGCGUGAGGGGAGGCAUCCUGGCGGAUGACAUGGGGCUGGGGAAAACUCUCACCACCAUCGCGCUCAUUCUUACCAACUUCCACAAAGGACAACCUCUGUCCGUCGGGAAUGUUGCAGAAACGUCAACAGAAAAAGCCAAAUCUCGUCUGACAGAAAGAAACACUGGUGGUUUCCAAGCAGGAGCAAGUUCUUCAGCAUCUGCUUCUGUGUAUUCGGACAGCCCACAGGCAACUACUUCCAGCGCGACCUCAAGAAAGUACACAAAAUCAAAGAAAGCUGUGCUGCUGGAUGAUCUGGACUUUGCUGCUGCUCUGACUGGUUCACCCUUUGACAACAUUGCAUCAGAUAAGGAGAAGAAAACGACCAGGACAAACCCACAGAGGCCGAGUCAACACACUUGUGAUGAGGAGGAGGAGGAGGACUCGUCUGCCAGAACCACUCUAAUCAUCUGUCCACUCUCUGUGCUCAGCAACUGGCUGGACCAGUUUGCGCAUCAUGUGCGAGCGGAGGUGAAGCUGAACCUCUAUGUGUAUUACGGACCGGACAGAAACAAAUGCAGAAAGUUCCUCUCAUCACAAGAUGUAGUGGUGACCACCUACAACGUGCUAGCUGCAGAUUUUGCGAACAACAGUCCCCUGCAUGAGAUCGACUGGCUGAGAGUUGUUCUGGAUGAAGGGCAUGUGGUGAGAAACCCAAAUGCGCAGAUGAGCAAGGCAGCUCUGGCACUGAAGGCCCAACGACGCUGGGUUCUAUCCGGUACCCCCCUCCAGAACAGCGUAAAGGACCUGUGGAUGCUGCUGGCCUUCCUGCGACUGAGGCCGUUCAACGUCAGAGAGUGGUGGAACCGAGUGAUCCAAAGACCCUUCGUCCAGGGGGAGAAAGAGGGAGUGCUCAACCUCCAAAAGCUUGUGAAGUGCAUCACUCUGCGCAGGACCAAACUCACCAAAGUAGACGGGCGCCCCCUUGUGGCUCUCCCUGAGAAGACCGUGUAUGUGGAGCGGGUGGAGUUGAGUCAGCAGGAGAGGGAGGAGUAUGACCUUGUUCACGCUGAAGGCAGAAGCACCAUCAGAAGAUAUGUGAAUGGUGGAACACUCUUGUGGAAUUACGCCGACAUUCUGGUUAUUUUCAUGAAGCUCCGCCAGCAAUGCUGCCAUCCCGACCUGUUGGCCAAGACGGACGCAGAUUUAGAAGAAGGCGCCGCCACACAGGCUGAUCUGCGCAAACGUCUGAUUCAGAAGCUGCGUCUGGUUCUCAGCAGUGGUUCUGAUGAGGAGUGCUCCGUGUGUCUGGAGUCCCUGCGCCUCCCUGUCAUCACACACUGUGCCCACGUCUUCUGUCGGCCCUGCAUCAUCCAGGUCAUCGGCUCUGAGAAGGAAACGGCCAGUUGCCCUCUCUGCCGAGGCAACAUCAAGAUCAAGGAACUGGUGGAAGUUCCAGCGGAGGAGCAGGAGGAGAAAAACUCGGGGACCCCCGGGAAGUGGAGGAGCAGCUCCAAGGUCCAGGCUCUGAUGUCCAACCUGCUCCGCCUGCGUGAGGAAGACUCCAGCAUCAAGUGUCUAGUCGUCUCCCAGUUCACACGCUUCCUCACCAUCCUGGAGGCGCCACUGAGGGAUCACGGUUUUACUUUUGCUCGGCUGGAUGGAAGCUUGAGUCAGAAGAAGCGGGCUCAGGUCAUCCAGGAGUUCCAGAGCUCAGCCAGCCACAGUCCAUCGAUCAUGCUGCUGUCACUCAAAGCUGGAGGGGUGGGGCUUAACUUGACCGCCGCCUCUCAUGUGUUCCUCAUGGAUCCUGCUUGGAACCCUGCGUCAGAGGAGCAGUGCAUCGACCGCUGCCAUCGCCUUGGUCAGAGGAGGAACGUUGUUGUCACCAAGUUUGUCGUGAAGGACUCUGUGGAGGAAAGCAUGCUCAAGAUCCAGAGACUGAAGCAGGACAUGAUGGAGAAAGCUUUGGGGUCUGAAAAGAAAAGCUAUCGACUCGAUGAAAUAAAACUUAUAAUGGACUUGUAGACUACGAAAAUGUAAGUUUGCUUUAUGCCCAAUUUCCUUUCGUUUUAUUUGAACUAAAUGUCCAUAUCUGAAGAGUGAAUUUUUUAUUCAGAGGUCACAGACGUGUAAUUCCAGAAACUGUUCUUCUGCUGUUGUCACAGCAAGUAAUAUAAAUGGCAGUAUCAGCCACCCAACAAAGUUAUUUCUUCAA